AGGGCCCCUCCCCGCGCGUGCGUGCUGCGCCGCGGCUGCGAGGCGCUGAGGGGAGAGGCGCCGCCGCCAGCGCCGCCGCCGCCGCCGCGGGGACCCGUUAGAGCGGAAGCGCUGCCGCCGCCGCCUUCGCUGUCCCCGGGACCCUGAUUCCCGGCAGGUGGGAGGCGGGAGCCAUGUCGAAGCGGCUUCGGAGCAGCGAGGUGUGCGCGGACUGUAGCGGGCCGGACCCUUCCUGGGCAUCAGUAAACCGGGGGACUUUUAUCUGUGACGAGUGCUGCAGCGUCCACCGGAGCCUGGGGCGCCACGUCUCCCAAGUAAGGCACCUGAAGCACGCGCCGUGGCCUCCCACGCUGCUGCAGAUGGUUGAAACCUUGUAUAAUAAUGGUGCUAAUUCUAUAUGGGAGCAUUCAUUGCUGGACCCUGCCUCUGUUAUGAGCGGAAGACGUAAAGCUAAUCCACAGGAUAAAGUACAUCCUAAUAAAGCAGAAUUCAUCAGAGCCAAGUAUCAGAUGUUGGCGUUUGUGCAUCGCUUGCCUUGCCGGGAUGACGACAGUGUGACUGCCAAAGACCUUAGCAAGCAACUCCAUUCAAGCGUGAGAACAGGGAAUCUCGAAACCUGUUUGAGGCUGUUAUCUUUAGGAGCACAAGCCAACUUCUUUCACCCUGAAAAAGGAAACACCCCACUCCAUGUUGCCUCCAAAGCAGGGCAGAUUUUACAGGCGGAAUUAUUGGCAGUAUAUGGAGCAGACCCGGGCACACAGGAUUCUAGUGGAAAAACUCCUGUUGAUUAUGCAAGGCAAGGAGGGCACCAUGAGUUGGCAGAGCGUCUUGUAGAAAUACAGUAUGAGCUGACUGACAGACUAGCCUUCUAUCUCUGCGGCAGGAAACCAGAUCACAAAAACGGACAGCACUUUAUAAUACCUCAAAUGGCAGACAGCAGCCUGGAUUUGUCUGAAUUGGCAAAAGCUGCUAAGAAGAAGCUUCAAUCUCUAAGUAAUCAUUUGUUUGAAGAACUUGCCAUGGAUGUGUACGAUGAAGUUGACAGGCGAGAGACUGAUGCAGUCUGGCUUGCCACGCAAAACCACAGCACCCUGGUAACCGAGACAACUGUCGUCCCCUUCCUUCCGGUCAAUCCUGAGUACUCUUCAACACGGAAUCAGGGCAGACAGAAACUAGCUCGGUUUAACGCCCAUGAGUUUGCCACACUGGUCAUCGACAUUCUCAGUGAUGCCAAGAGGAGACAGCAAGGCAGUCCUCUUUCUGGUUCAAAAGACAACGUGGAGCUCAUACUGAAAACAAUCAGUAACCAGCACAGUGUCGAGAGUCAAGACAAUGACCAGCCGGACUAUGACAGUGUGGCCUCAGAUGAAGACACGGAUCUGGAACCUACUGCAAGCAAGGCAAAUAGGCAGAAGAGCCUAGAUUCAGAUUUAUCAGAUGGACCAGUCACUGUGCAGGAAUUUAUGGAGGUCAAAAACGCUCUAGUGGCUUCUGAGGCCAAGAUACAACAGCUAAUGAAGGUGAAUAACAACUUGAGUGACGAGCUGAGAAUUAUGCAGAAAAAGCUUCAAACACUCCAGAGUGAAAAUUCGAACCUCAGGAAACAGGCCACAACCAAUAUAUAUCAGGUGCAAACUGGUUCUGAGUACACAGACACUUCCAACCACUCUUCCUUAAAGCGACGUCCGUCUGCCCGGGGCAGUAGGCCCAUGUCCAUGUACGAGACGGGAUCAGGUCAGAAACCAUAUCUCCCAAUGGGAGAAGUGAACCACCCCGAAGAGAGCAGGACGAGACUCCAGCCUUUCCCCGCGCACAUCGGGAGGAGUGCGCUUGUGACCUCCUCUUCGUCUCUGCCUUCCUUCCCCUCCACACUUUCCUGGUCGAGGGAUGAAAGCGCCCGAAGGGCAUCCAGGCUGGAGAAGCAGAACAGCACGCCUGAAAGUGACUAUGACAACACCCCCAAUGACACAGACCCGGACGACACAGGGUCAGGCAGAAAAGGAAGGCAGAGGAGUGUGGUGUGGCAAGGUGAUGGCUCAGUACCAGAUACGGCAGAACCCCACGCAGCCCCAAGCCCCAUCCUCCCCAGCACGGAAGACGUCAUCCGGAAAACUGAACAGAUCACCAAAAACAUACAGGAGCUCCUACGAGCAGCUCAAGAAAAUAAACACGACAGUUAUAUUCCCUGCUCAGAGAGGAUACACGUAGCUGUUACUGAAAUGGCAGCAUUAUUCCCCAAAAAACCCAAGUCUGACACGGUGAGGACUUCCCUGCGCUUGCUGACGUCCAGCGCCUACCGACUUCAGUCAGAGUGCAAGAAGACCCUCCCGGGGGACGCCGGCCCGCCCACGGACAUCCAGCUGGUCACACAGCAGGUCAUCCAGUGCGCGUACGACAUUGCCAAGGCCGCCAAGCAGCUGGUCACCAUCACCACCAAAGAGAACAACAACUGAGCAGCUCGGCGCCAGCCCUCCUAUUUUCUAGGCUUUUUAAAAGUCCAGUUUCAAAUGCAGACGUGGAAUUCUGGCAGUUUUUACAGAAACAGACAUUCAAUGAAAGUUUAAAACUGUUUUUAAGAAACUCAGUAUUAUUUUUGCAUGUUUUCUAACAAAACUUUUGACUAUUAAUUUAACCCACUUGCCUUAUUUUGUGCCUGUCUGCCAGUUUCCUCUCCAGUGUUCUGUUGUGCUGUCCGUGACUGUUGUUGAGUUGAUGGUCAUAGUCAUUCAAAAGCAUAGCUUCAUUGUUUCGAGUUUGUUAGAACUUUUCCAUCCCUUUAAAACUGCCCGUCUAGGGUUAAAACUAUAAAUGAGAUUUUUAGUGAAACAUUUUCUGGAGAGAAUUGGGUUAAAAAAAAAAAAAUUCCACCUCAUCUGUUCCCUACCAAGCAUUGUGCAAUAAGCGAGUUUUUCCACCCUAGUGCAGGAAUCUUUAAGUUUAGGGUGUUUCCAAACAUGGAUGUAGAGAAAGGACUUUGCCACUCUCUAAAAGUAGCGUAACAGUCUCACUUGGAAACAGUGGGCUGCUCCAUUUGUUUUACCUGUUCUGUCUUGGUAGACGUUCUUUUAUUUGAUGUUUCUGUCUUGAUCUUCUGUCUCUAUUUUGCUAUCCGCCUGAAGUCUCCGUGGUGCCAGAUAAGUACUCAUCCCCCACGUCACGUGUCCUGUGGCCCUGUCCAGGUGGGAGUGCUGCCACAUCAUCACGCGUGGCUCAGGGCUCUGCCUUCCCACAGGAAACCAGAUGUGUCAUUCCAGACAUGCGGCAAGGAGGAGCCACGUCCCACAAGCCAUAACUUACUCUGUGCCACCCCAUUCAGAUACCACUGCCAUAAACCAUGGGAAGAGAAAUUAGCUGCUCCCUGACGUGGUAACAUAUCUCUUCCCCAGAACUCGAUUACUCCUUUAACCACGAAAGCUUCGUCACAUGGCCUGUUUGGUAAAUCUCAUCACCUUUAAGGACUUCUCGUAAGGUAAGGUGUCUGCGGUCAUCUGAGUUUGUUUCUCCUCCAUUGUCUCGCUGGUACUUAAAAAUGAGACAUCCUCUUUCAUGAAUUCCUUAGAGAGUGUGCUCUAGCUGACCACCGGCUAUCCCAAAGCCACAAAAGCACAGGUUUAAGUUCUGGAACAAACUGACGUUGGUUUUUAAGCUACUGAAGAAAAGACCUUUCUUGUUCUGAAUGCUAAAGCAUGUUCCUGCCCCCGCUUAUUGCGGCAGUUGCGUGGGUGUGGCUCAGACCCUGACCUAGACCAGAGGGGCCAGGCAGCAUUGAUGGAGAUGAAUGAAGUGAGCCAGGUGUAGAGCAGGGGCGGAGGACAGUCAGGGAGCAACGGUGCACCUGAUGGGGACAGCAGUUCCCCGGCCUCACCCAGGCUGCCUUGUGGAAAAGUGGGCCCGAGCUGGCCGGAGCUUUGAUUUUUUAAGAGACUCCAAAAACAUGGAUAUUAUUUGUGCCAUUCCUCUGUUUAUAAAUGUUGGUGACUAAACAUUCUCAGAGCACACGUGCGGGGGAACUGUGACCUCCAGGCUGCCAGCUCACAGCCUCUGCCCAGGGGUCCUGUCAGCUGCAGUAUGAGGUCGCACCUGGUUUACCUCCGAGCCUUACCUGUAACGUGGCCACCCCUACCCUGUGUUAAGUUGCUUUGAGUCCUCAUCUUACCCAUGUAUUCUGUCCCGUAGUGCUCAUACACGUGAAGAAGUCAAAGUAAUCACAGUUGCCUAAAUACGUGCUAAAUAAGCCUGUGUUUUCACAGAACUGUUUGAUUCACAAACAUCUUUAUAGCUUGACCGUAUGCUGUCAUGAAGGAAGCACCGUGAUGGUGUUUGGUUUACUAAGGCCCAGCGUGUGGAUGCUUUUGCCAGAUUUUGCUACACUGAGUAGCGCGGGGAAAGGGUCCACAUCUCCAAAAGACUCAUCCACUUUUCUGCACAAUCCUAAGUGCCAUGUUCCUGUUGGAUGCUGAGGGGAUGCCUUCUACCUUAAAUUAAGUUCGAGCCCCAUCUGAUAACCUUUGCUGCAUGCUGCACAUACUUAGCUGUCCCUUCUCUUUCUUGCACACACCUGCCCUCAUGUUGGGCCCAUGCAGGGGCCUCGGGGAAGCCCGGUGGCAGUCCUGGGCUGGUGCCUCGGCCUCCCAGGGAGGGCGGGCUUCUAAAUAAUGAGUUGUCUGCGGUGGGUGCAGUGGCGUCUUCACUGGAACACUCAAGGACUGGUGAUGGAGGGCCUUGUCUCUGUGUCCCUAGACAAAGUCCAAGAGUGUGGGACCCAGAAAGCAUCUCCGAUUGUAAGAGCGGCGCAGACGUUUGCUCUGUCAACCCACAGUGCCAACGCCCCGAAGGAAGUUCUAGGUGGAGUGACGUGCAUGACAGAGGGGCUGCCAGCCUCCCUUCGGUGCCCUGAACACUUUCUUACCUCUUCUGAGACCCAGUUCUGUUGUCUGAACGGCUGUUCACCAUCUUUUGCACGUGUGUCCCGUAGCCUUGCACUAACGUCUGCGUUCUCUAAGGUCACUCGUCACUCUUAGUUCUCAAAUCUUCCUCCCGCCCGAGCCGAGAGGACGGAGGUGCACUUUAUGAAACUGGCGCUUGCUGAAGAGGAGACCGCUCCGCCCUGAAGCUCCUUUAGCUGAAGUCCUCCUCUGCCUCAGAACGCAAAUAGUUCUUAUUUGCCAAAGAACAGGGAAUCGGGCCCAAAGAUCAAAUGCGGCAUUUCAUAAAAUUGGAAGUGUAGACGCGCACCUCGGGAGCUGUUACCCCAUGCCUCCAGGGAUUGAUGCUGCGGAACCAAGAGUGAGGCUAGCAUGUGUCUGUCCACAGAGGCUGUGAGCUCCCCAAUCAUAGAAUGUUCCUUCUUUCCUUGUCCCGGUGAAAGGCACCCCUUUUUUUUUUUUUUACAAAAGAAAAUGCUGCAUAGGAAAAACGAAAUGCCUUUUGUUCAGAUGUGUUUUAUCCAUGUCACUCGUUAUUCUGUACUUUUUGUGUUUAUUGUACAUUCUAUUCCUGUAAUUAUUGUACAACCCUGUAAGCGUUGUAAAAUCGUUUUGGAAUUUGUGCCUGCUAGUUAUGCAAUAAACAGGCUCUAUAGUG